AUGACAUCAUAUUCCGCACUUAAACGUAAAGUAAAGUCAUUAAAUACAUCAUCAAGUAUACCUCGAUUUCAAGUUAAUCUUGAACAUGUUCUUGGUUUUACAUCAAUGUCGAAUUCACUUAUAGGUCAAGAUCAUUCAACAGUAGCAUAUGCCGCCGGUCGUACUGUUAUUCUCUUUAAUAAAAACACUCACAAACAAGAUUUUGUUAUCAGCACAGCCUGUAAAACUAUAACAUCAUUAUCACUUUCACCAGAUGGCCAAUAUUUAGCAACAGGCGAAUGUGGUCAUAAUCCGAAGGUGCGUAUUUGGGACCUAACUGGUGAUAGAAAAAGUUGUAUUGAACUAGGCGAUCAUAAAUUUGCUAUCGAUUCUGUGGUACGAAAAUUUUGAUUAUAA